AUUUUGAAAGAUACUUGUGACCACUUGUGAUUGCAACGAAAUAAUUGCAUUAUUUUCAUAUUAUAAUAUUUAAAAAUAUAAAUAAUGUAUAAACUAAGUGACUUUUCUAAAACACACGACGAAUUCUCAGUCGACACUGUAUCUUUCAUGCAGCUUUUGAAGUCGAAAUGGGAUGAACUGCAUGCAAAACAAAAUGUAUUCCGAUAUAAAAUUGAUAAUUUAAAAGAGAAGAUUGUAAAUAAGAAAUAUUUAUUACAGUUGAAUCCUGAGAGAGGUACUAACAGAAGAAUCCCAGAGCAAAUCAACAACAUUCGCCAAGAAUUUGAUGAAAACAAAUUUAACUUUACCAAAAUCUCAUCAAAAGAAAUAUUGUUUUCUUUAUGUGAAGAUGAUGAUCAAGACACACAUCUGCUUGUAAUCAAUGUGAGUCCAAUAUCACGGUAUCACUCACUGCUGUGUCCAUCUGUGAAUAAAAAACUGCCACAAGUUGUGACACAUGAAAGUCUACAGUUGGCCGUAAAUGUUGUACUCAUAGCGCAGGAUCGAAAUGUCAGGAUUGGAUUCAACAGUCUAUGUGCAAUGGCAUCUGUAAAUCAUUUACAUUAUCAUCUGUUUGUGGAAAAAUUCACUCUACCUAUUGAAAGUAUGGAAUGGAAACACUUUGAAGGCCCAGUAUACUGCUUAAAUGAAAAUUAUCCUGUACCUGCAUUCUGCUUUGAAGUUGAUCAAAAGUCCAGUCAUAAAAUGUGCAAAGAAAUUUUCAAAUUACUGCAGUAUUUUCUCCAUAAUUCCAUAGCACAUAACAUUUUGAUCACUACAAGAUGUUUUGCCAAGAAUGAUGGCUCAGCGCAAGUUCUCAUAUUUCCUAGAAAAGGCACGAUUGGUGUAAAACAACUUACUGCAUUCAAUGUUGCUGUUUGCGAAUUGAGCGGAUGGUUUCCAGUUUAUGAUGAACAAGCAUUUUCAACUCUCACCGCGGAGGAUCUUGAACUAGAAUUGAAGAAAUGGAAAUUAGAAAAUUUUGAUAAACUAUGUGAUGAAAUAAAAGGAUUAUACUGAUUAUAGUUAUAGCAUAAUAAAUAUUUAAUUAAUGCUAGUUCAA